AAGUACCCGAUGCCUUUUUUAACGCGAGCAUGUGAACGGAUCUCGAGAGAGCCGAGACUUUUCAACGCGGAGCAUCCUCCUAAGAAUAUAUAAGUUAUCUUGAGGAAGGACAAUUUCGGAAUAGUAAUAUUAUAUUAUAGAUGUUGGGAUAAUUGGAUAUAACACCGUAAACACGUGGGGUUAUUCGAUAUAACGCGAGUGGUCCUAUAUCUUCAUCGGCUUACGUUGUUUUUAUAUACCCGUCGGGUCUAUCGCGGUUUCGGUCGCGCCUGGCCUGGCCCGUGGCCUGCCUUGUCUUUGCUGCCGCGAAUGUGGAUAAUCGACAACGUUUUAUCGUUCUGCUGUUGCUGUUUCUGCUGCUGCUAUUGCUAUUGUCGCUGUUACUAUCAACUAGUAUUACUACUACUACUACUACUAUUACCACUGCUAUUACAUUUACUACGACGAAAAGUACGACAACUACUGCCGCUGCCGUUGCCGCUGCUGUUGGUGUUACUCCUGCUCCUGCUUCUGCCAUCGUCGUCGUCGUUGUCGCCGUUGCCGUUGCCGUUGCCGUUGCCAUCGCCGUUGUCGUCGUUGUCAUUGUCGUCGUCGUCGUUGUCGUCGUCGUCGUCGUCGUCGUCGUCGUCGUCGUCGACGUCGUCGUCGUCGUAUAGUAGUCGUCGCGAAGUUUUGCAUACCCGCCACCAUCAUCGUACGAAUAAUACGUCUAUCAAUUUCGAAGGACUUUAAAACGCCCGUGGGAAAUUAGCUCGUUUUAAAAGUAAAAGAGGAAAGAAAAUAUAUAUAUAUAUUACAUACACACACACACACACACACACACAUAUAAAUACACAUACAUACAUACAUACAUACAUAUAUAUAUAUUUAAAAAAAAAAAAAAAAAAAGGAGAGGAAAAAAAAAGGAAAAAUAUUAUAUUAAUACGUGGGGGGAGGAAUCCUUGUGCUCUUUAUCGCAAACCUGACGAUACAGGCUCUUAAAGUACUACAUCGUGAUUGUCACUUGAUAGCAUCCGAGGCGCCAAACUUGUCCGCAUCGGCGCUUUCUCCAGACCAAGUAGUAUCAAUGUUGUCUGGCAAUGGUGUGUAAGGAGAACGUGGUAUCAUGGUUUGGGAAUCUGUCCAGUUAUAAACGUAUAGAUGUCAUGUGCACGUUGCUAAAUAUGUGCUUGCCAUUUGAAGUACGAUACCUUGGCACGUGUGUCGAGGAUAUUGGAAAGCGAGAUUACAAUGAUCUACGCGAUACAGAGCAUCAUGCAAACAACGUCUCAGAUCUCUCAGAGCUGACAAACCUUGGUGUCACAGACAAGCGCACAAGAAGAAAACUUGCUCUCUAUAUGGCACUGUUACAUUCUUGCAAUUAUGCAUGCGCAGUGAUCUUAUACAAGAACUUGUCAAACUUUGAUUAUCAAGAGAUCUCCAAUCUUCUCAAUGGGACCACUUUUACACCAGAUGAUCAACCUCUGGAAGAAUUACUCUUAUUAUAUACAAUGGCGUUAAAUCAUCCAGCCUUUACAUAUGAACAGAAGAGUGUCUUUGGUAACAUUUACAUUAAACUUCAAGAGGAAGAGACACGGUUUAAUCUUUCAAAGUCUAUCACUUCUGCCAAACCUGUACAAGGCUGUACACCAUGCAUUAACACAAAUGAUAGAUUAGUGGAUCCUGAAAUGCAAAGUAGUUGUUUGAUGCCGCCACCUCAAAUGCAAACUUAUCAUGGAGAUAUAUCAAUGAGAAAUAAUCCAAUGAUGAGUGGAGUACCACCUGGUAUUUCUAUGCCUCCACCUGGCUUAUGUUUGCCUACACCAGAACAAAUGUCAAUGGGUUCUGGAGGCGCUACGCAAUAUCUUCAUCUUGGCUUUCCAUCGGUUAAUCAUUUACCACCAUGGACAGGUCAGGUUGUGAUGGGAAAUCAACUGAUGUAUCAUACCAGUGACAUGUUGGCUUAUCCACCUUCCCCUUUAGUCAGUCGCCAAUCCUCGCCAUCCCAAUCUCGAUCUCCUAGUCGUAGUAAUUCUCCAAUGGGUCGAAGAAAUAAUGCAAUGCCUCGUACAUCUUCACAAGUCACUCAGUCAACUUCGAAUACGUUAACAUCAACGAGUGCCUGUAACAGUCAGAUGAGUAUAUCUAGUUCCAAUGCCAGUUCCUUCCCUCUAUUUCCUGCACUUGGCACUAGCAGAAGUCUUCCAGCACAAUCACCCUUACUUCCAUCGAGAUCUCUUCCUUUACCUAUUACCAGCACUACAACCUUCUCUAGACAUAACAGCAUAGACAACAAUCCUUGCACAUUAAUCCCAGCGACACAAUCAAAGCAACCACCACCACCUCCACCACGAUUAAGAUCUUCAACCUCUGGAGAUUCUUUAAGGGAGGCAUUGGGCAAAGAAAUGCCGAACUUCAAAGGAAACCUACAAGAUAUUUCUCUUGAUCAGAUGCGGAGAAUGAGUGACGAAGAUUUAAGGGAAAUUGGAUUAACUCCAAAUGCUGUAGGACAAUUAAGAAGUAUAAUUAAAAGUCAAACCACUAAUGGAUUGAAUCAAAUUACUGCAGAUAAGAAGCUAGACAAUACUAAUAAUUCAGGAAAUACGAUGGGUGAUUCUAUGGACAAUGAGGGUAUGCCAGGUGUUGAUAUUUUAAAUGAUGGCGGAAAUCAAGGUCCCAAAUCCAUGUUGAUGCAGGAACAACAUCCAGCGAUGCAUCAUCAUCAUAAUCAUGCUGCUACUCAUAAUUUAAGACGUUAUCCCACUAUGCCGCCAUUGGAUCCUACGCAAAUUCAAAUGUAUCCUGCCCCUGCUCCAGUAUACACAGCUCAAAAUGCACCGUGUUAUGCCUGUCUCACUGUACCUGUUGCUGGUGUGCAAAAUCGAUAUUCAAGAUGCAACGCCCAACACGUUUAUUGUUUAGCCCAGCUGCAAGCUUUGAGAUUGGACCAUGAAAGCAGUCGGCAUUGUUCACAGAGCAGUAGCUCCGAUAGUUCCGGUAGUAGAUCACCACCUGAAACACCUCCAGCAGCUCCAUGGGUCGGAGGAAAUGAUAGUAAUACGGCACCAGUUACAGAUCAUCUCGGUUCUGUUCCUAUGCAUUCUACAGGUGCUACAUCUCAUCCGACACCUCAACAACAGCAGCAGCAACAACAACAACAACAACAACAACAACAACAACAACAACAGCAGCAGCAGCAACAACAGCAGCAACAACAACAACAACAACAACAGCAACAGAUGCAACCGCCGGAAAGACAACGCAGUAGGAAGAAUCAGGGACAUCAAAUGCGUCAUAAAAAUCAAAUGGUGAAUGGUGGUGGACCGCCAAGUUUACCUCAUUGCGUUUCAUUUCCAACACCACCUCCGCAUUCACAAGUCACGUAUCUACCCCAUGGACACUUCUCUGCCUUGAGGCCAAGUAGUGGUAUCUACUCUAACUACUCGCAUGGUCCUUAUGCAAGGCCAGCUUACCCAAGCACAUACCAGCCAAAUAGCGAAUUGAUGUAUCAGUAUCCUGGACAUCCAGCUUCAGGUGGAACCCCACCACCUCCACCCAAUGCUGCGGGAACACCUGCACCGUAUAUGCCACCGACGCCCGUUGUCACAUACGCACCAGCUGCUGUUCAACCAACUAAAGUAUCCUGCUAUAAUUGUGGUAGCAGUAAUCAUAUGGCGAUAGAUUGUAAAGAUCAGACUAUGGAGGACCUUACAAAGAAAGCCCAAUAUCGAUUAGAUUAUACGAUAAUGAAACAGCCAGGGGAUUGUUCGAAUUCUGACAAGUGAUCCCCUGCCAUGGACCAUCCUACUAUAUUUCAUCUUAAUCAUCAAUUAUACCAUAGCGAAUAUCGGAGACGUCAUUAUUACCAUCAUUGCCAUUAUUACAAUGAUCCUGCUUCUACGAGCCAGCAUAAGGAUCGAUUAAAUGACGAUUGCUGCAACUAUUCUCCAUUCAAGUUUUCAGUGAUUUUUCUAGACAUCCUCUGUAUCGAAGCCGACGAAUUUUUAACCAAGGACAUUUCGCGAUUCACGGUACCAGGUAUACUCUUUACAAGUUCUUAUUUAUGAUAGUGAUUAUUCUUAAGAAAAAAAAAAAAAAUAAUAAAAAUACAAAAAAACAAAAAUACAAAAAAACAAAACAAACAAAUAAAUGUGCGAUUGUAAAAAAAAAAAAAAAAGAAAAAAAAGAGAAAAAAACGUAUGUAGAGCGUGUACAAAAGGAAAGGAAAUGAAAAAGGAAAAAAAAGAAGCAUAAUGCAAAAAAAUGCCAUAUUCUUAUCUGUGUUGUUAUAGGAUACGUUUUCAGAUGUUUUGUGUUAGGUAUUGAGUCGAGUAUUUCCAGCCGUACCUAUCAGCUACUUAUACCCUUAACUUACCUAUCUCUCCUCCCUUUUUCUCUAGUGACUAGUGAUAAGCGAUACGCAAUGAAAAGGACACAAAAAAAAAAUGCAUUGUACUCUGAUUAGGUAAAACUAUCACGUUUGACUCUAUUUACUCUAUCGAUUCUUUUACUUCUAUUAUCUAUACCUACUAUUACUAUUAUUACUAUUACUACUAUUACUACUAUUAACACAUUAAGAUUAUUCUUAUUAUUGUCAUCAUCAUC